AUGCAUGAUCAAGUCCUCCAGAGUCUGUGGAAGGUGGCCCAGGGGAAAUGGGACACCGGCGUCCUUCCCAGUGCUGAGAAUCUCGCUCGAGCACGCGCCUCCCUUCCGUCCACACUUCCAGAGAAAGGAGUCGGCUUGGAUGCCGUUCAGCAGCAUAUUCUGAAUGACAUUGUACCCGCAUUCAACGGGGGCAGUAUUAGUCCCAAUUACUAUGGCUUCAUCACUGGUGGAGUCACCCCCGCCGCGCUCUUUGCCGACAACGUGGUGUCUGCCUACGACCAAAAUGUCCAAGUCCACUUGACCAACCAUUCCAUUGUGACUGAUGUCGAGUUCAACGCUCUGGGUCUCCUCGCGGACCUCUUUGAAUUAGAUCGCUCGCAAUGGCACAACGGCACCUUUACCACGGGUGCCACUGCGAGCAAUAUCCUCGGCCUGGCCUGCGGACGAGAGUAUGUUCUGCGUCAAGCCGCCGACCAGAAAGGACUGCAAGUAAAAAGCGUGGGAGAGUCCGGUCUAUUUGAAGUUCUUCAUGCGCUAGGUCUCUCUGGAAUACAGGUACUCUCCACAUUGCCUCAUUCGUCCCUGGUCAAAGCAGCUGGCAUCCUCGGUAUCGGUCGUGCCAAUGUGCGCAAUAUCGCACAGUCGGAAAAUCCGCUCAAGUUCGACCUCGAGCAGCUUGAACGGGAACUUGCACGCACCGACAAGGUCAGCAUUGUCGCCAUCUCUUCCGGGGAAGUCAACACCGGUCGCUUUGCAACCACGGCGGAAGACCUGUUGCAAAUUCGCCAACUGUGUGAUAAGUAUGGGGCGUGGCUUCAUGCAGACGGCGCAUUUGGCAUCUUUGGUCGCAUUUUAAAGGAUGGUCCAGAAUUUGCAACUGUUAAGCGUGGCAGUCAGGGACUUGAAUUGAUGGAUUCGAUCACGGGAGAUGGCCACAAGCUUCUCAAUGUGCCCUAUGACUGCGGAUUCUUCUUCUGUCGUCACCCCGACCUGGCCGUCAACGUCUUCCAAAAUGCCAACGCAGCCUAUCUCGCCGCAGGCCCCUCAGACGGACCGGCCAUUCCAUCUCCGUUGAACAUUGGAAUCGAGAACUCUCGUCGUUUCCGGGCCUUGCCUGUCUAUGCGUCCUUACUCUUCUAUGGGAAAAACGGAUACCGAAGCAUGCUGGAGCGUCAGAUCGCACUCGCACGAGGGAUCUACGACUGGAUUUUCGAUCACCCUGAAUAUGUGGCCUUGCCGCGAACGUCAUCCAAAGCAGAUCUUCUGGAUCAGACGUUUAUGAGUGUCUUAUUUCGCGCCAAGGAUGAUACCCUAAACAGUCAACUUUCACAGAAGAUCAACGCAACGUCGAGAAUGUUUGUUUCGGGCACUAGCUGGGAUGGGGCUCCCGCCACUCGGGUCGCCAUUUCAAAUUGGAGGGUGGACGUGGAAAGAGAUCUGCAGUUGGUAACUGAAGUAUUAGACGAAGUCGUGCGUUCAUAG